AUGGACAUCUUUCAUGACACAGAGCUAGUUUUCAGCGAUACUUACGCACCCAAGCAUUCAAGAACGCUUUUAGUGAAUACAAACGCACCUCUACACUCAAUCAACUCCAAUGUUCCUCCAUCAGCGGGAGUAUUCAGUUUUCCUUCUCACUCCCCGUUUGCAGAUAGAUUUUUCUUAUGGAGAGCUAUAGGCCAAAAAUUAUUUAUUGAAGAACGAUCUUUGUGUAAAACUGUUGUCGGUGGAACGUUAUGUCUUGAUUUUGCCCGUACAUCGAUUGUACCUGGAACUUCGAUUACGCUACUGGAUCAGAACAUACUAUGUAUUAUUGUUCCCACACAAUCUACCGUUCAUCGAUUCCAUGCUCGACUUGUUCAUGACAUAUCUGAUCUCUUAACCGGUGAUACCUGUAACGGGCUUCUGUCCGAAAUUAGUGAUAGCGAAUUUUUGAAUGAUUAUCAUUCUUCUUAUUUAUUAACAACCAACGGCCAAGCUACUAAAGCUGCUUUCGUCGACUUACAAGAUAAUGGAAGCGUAGCAAAGAUUGCAUAUUGUAUGGCUGAAGGCGAUCUUGUUGUUGUCACUUUGCCCGCUUCUAAAGGACAUGGCAGUGAAAUUGUGCUUAAAGAGAAAGGGUACUUGUCUCGUAUGAUCUCAGGAACAGCUUUGAAAGAAGGUGUUGCCGAUGUAGCUGGACUCAUUAGCAAUGGGGAACUGAAAGACGUAGAAUCUUUUUAUGCUGUGCAUCGUGAUUUCCAUUUACGUGUUUGGAACAAUGAGACUGGAAAAUCCCGAUCCCUUCCAUUAGCACAGAUAGAUAGCUCUUUGAAGAGUUUCCCUGAUAUCAAUGCAGACUCUUCUUUGAAUGUCAGAGCUUGUCAUAUUAACGGAUUAAACUUCGUAAUUGUUUUCAUUGCCUUAGCUGACCAAACCGUCCGAUUCCAUUUCAUUCUUGACCACAACAAAAAGCUCCAAAAAGUGUGUUCUAUCAAUGGCGAGAAGAGAGGUCAAAUAUUAGAUUAUGGACUGUCCUUCCAAAGUGGUGAACAUCCUAAGUUAUGGGUAUUGUGGAAUAACCUCUCUGUGUCGAAUGAAUACCAACUUGAACAUAUUGACGUCUCUCUUGAUAUUAACAACUCUUACGUGGGUUCAUGGGAUAGAGUGCUGCCUUACUCCUCUCCUAAGAACGUAAAUCCAAACAUGACCAUUGUUGAAUUACAAGAAACUCUGUUCAAUGCUGAUUGCUAUCCAUACGAUGUGGUGCAUCGCGCAAUCCAGAUUUGCUGUAAAGAAAACAUAAACUCUGACAAGCAUGGUAAUUGGGAAUACUUAUCUGAUGUUCUUAAAACUUAUGUUCGCUCGCCUGAGUUCGAUAACCGUUAUGUCGAUCGCAGAAAAUCCUUGAGAGUUCCCAAUAAAGAAAUGCAUGCGGAAGCUGAAAAACGAUUGAUGUUCGAGUUGGGUUCAACUUGCGAUCAACUAGAAGCUGCUGCUCGCGGUCCUGUCGGAUUAUUCAUGCUUGAUAUCCCUGGAGCCUGUAUUACCGGUGUUGUUCAACAGGACAGAUUCUCAGUCGUUUCUCAUACAUGCAGGUCACUGAAGAACGCCUUCAAAACCAAUGAAGCUGAAAUCACUCGAGUUUUCCAAAUGGUGGCUGAGACCGAAGAUACCUCAGAAGAGAGUAAGGAAAACUACUCUGAAAACGACAAUUGGUCAAGCUUCGACAAUAAGUUCUUCGAGCGUUGGAAAAAUCUUUUCAACGAGUUCAGCAGUUUUGCAAGUGCGGAAAUGUGUGUUAGAUCACCCUUGGCUCAAACAGUUAAAACCGUUUUUGCUGGUCAGUUCACUUCUGGACUUGUGUUCGCUACUCUGUGGAAGAGAACGCGACAACGUUUGAAUUUCAUCCAGAAGCUGAGACAAAUCGUCUCCACGUAUAAGGCCGAAUCAAAUGGACGUAAUCAAAUAAGACUUAUGGAGAAAACUAUGCAUAGUUUGAGUGAAAAGUACAUCCAAUUGCUUGCUCAACUCGACAUGAAAGUUGCCAGUAGCGAUACUGCUAGUAAGUUCACAGUACUUGGUAGUUGGUAUUUGGAGAAGAAUGAUCUUAGUACAAUUCUGACUGAAGGAGGAGUAGCUCUGUCCACUAAAGACGAGAUGUCCGAUUUCUCUAACUUCGUGGAGUCCUCAUAUUUGGCUGCUCUAUCAACACUGCUUCACAACUCAUCUUCACUGUUACUCUUCCGAAGCCUUGUUCAACACAAGCAGUUCUUAACUUUGAAGAAGCUUUGCACGUUGUAUGGCACACCUCAGACCGAGCUGGUUGACGUGAUCAAAUUCUAUACUGCCAUCGCUUAUUCUGGAACAGGACAGCCUGUUAAAGCUAUGAACGCGUUCUUGGAAGCAUCUGUUGGAGUUUCUCAACAAAACCCCGCUAUGCUCAGAACUUUGAAAUCUCUAGGAACUGUGAAAGAAGACGUUACCUUAGGCGAUUAUUACACUUUGACUAUUAGUUAUCUCAGCGAUCAUGGACAUAGUGAAGAAGUUGUUGAAAUGUCUAAACGAGCCAUCGAGUUGUUACCAGAAGGAAACGAGAGCACAAGUCGUAUUUAUGCUACACUUUUCAAUCAUUUGAUGAACAAAGCUAACUGGGUGGAUGCUUUGAACACAAUCAAGAAGAAUAAGAACACGGAAGAUCGUCGUUUGACGUUACGAGAGUUCAUCACCCGUCUUUUACAUGCGAAGGAAUAUAAAACCCUUGUUGAGUUGAAGUAUGCCGAGUUAGAAGACAAUGUUGAAGAUAUUCUGCUCGGUGCUGCAAGAUCUCAAGAUGUCCAUGCCAGUCCUCAUCUGUUCGAGAUUGUUUUCUCUUAUUAUACUUUCAAAUCUAAUCAUGUCAAAGCGGCACAUGCGAUGUACGAGUACGCUGUUUACUUAAGUCAAGUCACCCAAACACUGGAGCUACUGAAAAAGAGAAGAGAUGCAAUUGCCAUCGCAUCAGCUUCUAUGGAUAUCUUGUCUUCUGACGACAGAUUCUUGUGGUUCCCAGAAGAGGUUCAUGAGAUUGAUUAUGACGCUUUGGGGAACAUGAAUGCAAGUGAUUUACCCGAGGAAGACAUUCCACUCAUAAAGAAGAGAAAAAUGAGAAUUAUCACACCUUCUGAAAGUACUGAUGAGUUCAUCAUUGCUAAUGCCAGAGUCAUAUUAAUGCUGAAUAACGGUGAAGUUCCCCCAAUUGCUCCUGAAGAUAUAGUCCGCUAUCUAAUCGAAGCCAAAGAGUUCGAUUUGGCUUUUGAGAUCUGCGCAAAAUGCAAUGUUGCUCCAUACGACCUCUUCUAUACUGUUGCGAAGGAAUCCAUCUCAUUAGACAUCCUCCAACCUGCUAUUUCUCCUGACUGGCUUCAAAAAAAUCGGAGGUUUACUGAAGGAAAAACUGUCGGUGAUAACUGGUCAGUUGCCAUGGGACUACUCUCAGCAGCCAAGAAAGUUUGGCCCACAGAUUCACGACCAUACCGAGCUUACACCACUGCUGUACUUAGCCUUAAAUUAAACGUACCAUGCUGGCUCCAUGCUUCCUACGCUGACUUCGACAUCGCAGAUUAUGUCAGAUGUUUGCUGGAUUAUGACGUGUUACCAACCGCUUUUGCUGCCCUCUGUGAUUAUAUUGAACGGGAAACUGACAAACUGAAAUCAGUCGAUGCCAAGACAUGGCUACCCUACACAGCCAUCGAUGAAGUUUUGAAAGUCUCUGUAAAGCCAGAGAAUAAAGAGUUAAUACAAAGGCUGAAUGACCGACUAAAGAUUUAUAAAUCUAGAAUAAGUUCAUUCGAAACCGCUGCUAGAUUUGCCUUCUGA